AUGGCUUCUACUUCUUCUCUAGCGCUCUCUCAAGCUCUCCUUUCUCGAGCCAUCUCUCACAAUGGAUCAGAAAACCAGAUCGCUUUACCAUCUUUCUCUGUUCUCAAAUCCACUUCUCCACGCACCACUACCUUCUUCCACUGUCAACGCAGUGCCUCCACUAACAGUCACUCUCUCCGUCCUCUUGUCCGUGCAUCCGCCGUAGAGACAACGGACACAACAACAGAUUCAACCCUGGUUGAUAAAUCGGUUAAUACGAUCAGGUUUCUAGCGAUAGAUGCAGUUGAGAAGGCUAAAUCUGGUCAUCCUGGUCUCCCAAUGGGUUGUGCUCCUAUGUCUCACAUCUUGUACGAUGAAGUCAUGAGGUAUAACCCCAAGAACCCUUACUGGUUCAACCGUGACCGCUUCGUUCUCUCCGCUGGACAUGGAUGCAUGUUGCAAUACGCUUUGCUUCACCUCGCUGGCUACGACAGCGUCAGGGAGGAAGAUUUAAAGAGCUUCCGUCAAUGGGGAAGUAAGACGCCUGGACACCCUGAGAACUUCGAGACUCCUGGUGUUGAAGUCACUACUGGUCCUCUUGGACAAGGGAUUGCAAAUGCUGUUGGUUUAGCUCUUGCUGAGAAACAUCUAGCUGCUAGAUUCAACAAACAUGACAAUGAAAUCGUUGACCACUACACUUAUUCGAUUAUUGGAGAUGGUUGUCAGAUGGAAGGGAUAACAAACGAAGUCUGCUCUCUAGCUGCCCACUGGGGACUUGGGAAGCUCAUUGCUUUCUAUGAUGACAAUCACAUUUCUAUUGAUGGAGACACAGAGAUCGCCUUUACAGAGAACGUGGACAAGCGCUUUGAAGCUCUUGGAUGGCAUGUUAUUUGGGUUAAGAAUGGUAACAAUGGAUAUGAUGAGAUCCGUGCUGCCAUUAAAGAAGCUAAGGCUGUAACAGACAAGCCCACUUUGAUUAAGGUAACUACUACAAUUGGUUAUGGAUCUCCCAAUAAGGCAAAUUCAUACAGUGUCCACGGAGCUGCUCUUGGUGAGAAGGAAGUUGAGGCUACUAGAAAUAACCUUGGAUGGUCAUAUGAGCCGUUCCAAGUACCCGAGGAUGUUAAAAGCCACUGGAGCCGUCACACCCCUGAGGGAGCCGCUCUUGAAGCUGAUUGGAAUGCCAAGUUUGCAGCUUAUGAGAAGAAGUAUCCAGAGGAAGCAGAAGAGUUGAAGUCUAUUAUCUCAGGUGACUUGCCUACCGGUUGGGAGAAAGCACUUCCUGUAAGUAUCAACUUUCUCAUAAUCUCUAUUGGUGUUAUGGAGAUGGCUCUUAUUUAUGAAAACAUUUUUCAGACAUACACACCAGAGUCUCCAGGUGAUGCCACAAGAAACCUGUCUCAGCAAUGUCUUAACGCCCUUGCCAAAGCCGUUCCCGGUUUCCUUGGAGGAAGUGCUGAUCUCGCAUCUUCCAACAUGACUUUACUUAAAGCCUUUGGAGACUUCCAAAACGCUACACCUGAAGGAAGAAACCUUAGGUUUGGUGUUAGGGAACACGGUAUGGGAGCUAUCUGCAACGGUGUUGCCCUCCACAGCCCUGGUUUCAUCCCGUACUGCGCAACUUUCUUUGUUUUCACUGACUACAUGAGAGCUGCGAUGAGAAUCUCUGCCUUGUCUGAAGCUGGUGUUAUAUACGUUAUGACACAUGACUCCAUUGGUCUCGGAGAAGAUGGACCAACUCACCAGCCUGUGGAACACUUGUCCAGCUUCCGUGCCAUGCCUAAUAUCAUGAUGUUCCGUCCUGCUGAUGGGAACGAAACAGCCGGUGCGUAUAAAAUCGCUGUGACUAGAAGGAACACACCUUCUGUUUUAGCCUUGUCUAGACAAAAGCUUCCUCAACUCCCAGGAACGUCUAUUGAAAACGUUGAGAGAGGUGGAUACACCAUUUCUGAUAACUCAACCGGUAACAAACCCGAUGUGAUCUUGAUUGGAACUGGUUCGGAGCUAGAGAUUGCUGCUCAAGCUGGAGAGGAGUUAAGGAAGGAAGGAAAGACUGUUAGAGUCGUUUCUUUUGUGUGUUGGGAGCUCUUUGAUGAGCAAACGGAUGAAUACAAGGAAAGCGUGUUGCCAUCAGAGGUGUCAGCUAGAGUCAGUAUUGAAGCUGGGUCGACAUUUGGAUGGGGGAAGAUUGUUGGAGGGAGAGGAAAAUCGAUUGGGAUUGAUUCGUUUGGAGCAAGUGCACCAGCAGGGAAGCUUUAUAAAGAGUUUGGUAUCACUGUUGAAGCUGUGGUUGCAGCAGCUAAGUCACUUAUCUAA